AUGACCGUUCCUGGCCCGAUAAAAGGCCAAGAGCGGCGUUCGUCGAUUUUCACCCUCGAUGGAACGCUCAAAGACUCCAAGACGUACGUUAAUUGAUCCAUUCCAGAGUUUUCUCACUGACAGUUUCAGAAAUGAGAUCCUGGACGAGAGAAGAACAGAGUGGGGCUCCAUGUGGAUUUCAGUCAUCAUGCAGUUCGUCGUCGGGGUUCAGAUCUCCAUCUACUACAUGUCCAUGUGGCCUUUCCUCAGCAUGGUUCUCACAACCUUUUCGAUCGUUUCCAUGUCUUCUUUCAGCUCGAUCCAACCGCGGACAUGGAUUUUCUUGGCUGGGUAGUUGCUGCAUGCAACAUCGGCUGCACAAUUGUACGUCUUUAUUUAUUUCCUUUCAAAUAUUUUUUUUAAGUCAAAUCCAAUUUAUGGUUGGUGGAAUCAGAAAACCAUGUCCGUAAAAUGGCCCUCAAUCGCAGGGUUUUUGAUAGCUGCCAUUGGUAAAAGAAAGAUUCGAAUCUUAAUCUAUUCAAAAGUUUAGGACAAGCGUGUUAUGGAUUAGUGAGUCUACUCAAACACGAUGUGAAAUGGUACAUGCUUGUAGCUCGUCUAAUUACGGGAUUGGGCGUUGGUUGGUUGUUUUUGAGUUCUAAAAACUUCAAACUUCGUUCAGGGAAUCUGGCAGCAUUACGAGCCUAUGGGGCAACAGCUUCCGUGCCAAAAGACAGGUUGAAAGCCAUUUCUUUUGGCACCGCUGGUUUCGUUUUUGGCCUAUCUUUCGGUCCCGUUGUCCAAGUUAGUUGAAACUUAAAAACUUUAUUCAACACAUUUGUUGAGGCAUUGUUCACUCCUUUGGGAGAAACUGGCUUCAAACUCGGGCCGUUCCCUAUCAACAUGUACACGUUGGUCGCCUACCUCAUGUCGUUGUUCUGCCUUCUUUCCUGCUUCUUCAUGUUUUUCCUUUUCAAGGAAGAUUAUGCUGGAAUCAUUGAGGAUAAGGAGAAAGAAGGUUUGCUCCUAUUGAAUUCGGACGAACUGAAUGAAACGCUCCAGCGAACGAAUAUCUCAAAGUGCCGAAAUACGAUUUGGUGCCGGCUCUGCUUUGCAUCUAUCUCUACAUGAUUACCAGUAUGAUUUCCACGAAUAUCGAAGUGUUAGAAAAACUAUUCGAGAGUGGAACAACUUUUUUGUCUUUUUAGAAUGUCGACACCUCUCUCGACGGUGAUGUUCGAUUGGAAAGAUAGCCAAUCAGUGAUGUACAAUGGGAUCAUUGAAAGCGUUACUUGUCUAGUUUCUGUCAGCAUCAAUUUAUUGAUUGGCUUCACCAGAGUUGGUCAAAUGUGAGUCAAAAAUGGAGUUAGCGGUAUACCACUGUUUAUAGGUAGUUAUAGUCUAUUCAGAUUUUGAAUGUCAAGUAGAACGACGUCAUUGGAAAACGCUCUAUGGAUGGCUCGCUCUCUGAUUGGUUCAUCGCGCCAUUAGGAGCGGAGUUUGAGCGACGAUUUGACAUUCAAAAUCUGGCCGGACUAUAGAGAAGACUUCCGCCGUAGAUUCACAGCUUACUUGCGAUUGGAAGUCGAAAAAAGAAAAAAAUUUCUGAGCUUUCUAAUUUACUUUCGUUUUUGAAAUCCCUGACAGAGCAUCUGAAAAAAAUUAAAUUCCUGACAGAGCAUUAUUCUACAAGUCUGAGUCUUAUAUAUACUUCCAAACUUUAUUUGUUCACCAGCAAAGAUUCGAAGAAUUCAGUGACAAAAGGAAGCAAAUAAUCACCGGACUGUUCUUCUUCCUUCUCUACCACCUUGUCAACUACCCAUGGCCUUUCUACCCUCAUCCGUUGCAUUAUAUUCCAGAAGGUUCUCGUUCUGAUAGAAUAUCUUCUACUGAUUCUGCCCCUCAGGAAGCAACACCACGGUCGUCGGCGGCUGUCUUCCUUCCUACGAGUGGUGUGCCCACACUUCGCGAGUUCCACUGCCGGUCUACAUCUUUGCCUUCGUUGUCUUUUUCGGCAUCGCCUUCCCGUUCAUCGAAUCGCCGGCUAGCGCACUUUACUCUGAGAUUCUUGGCCCAAGAAAGCAGGUAAACGGGUAUAUGAUGCAAAUUCUUGAUAAUUAACUCUGACCAAAGUUUAUCAAAUAAGCCGCAAUGAAGAUUAUUUGAGUACUCUACAAAUCGAAAAACUUGAAAAAUAUAUAUUCUUUCAGGGCACGAUGCAGGGACUUUUCUCGUUCGGAGGAAGCUUUGCUCAGUUCGGUUCUCCUAUUCUCGCCACGUAAGUUCAACAUCGAGGAAAUUCUUUGUAUCUUCAACAGUUUCAGAUUCCUCUUCCAGCACUCUGGCUACAGGUACGUCAUCGUCACGCAAAUCUGUACCGUUUCUUUGGCCUUCCUUCUGAUGGCGCUCUUCUACAGAAGAAUGCAUCCGCUUCAUUUGAAACCCAAGAUUUUCCAAAAAGCCGUCUACAAAGGCGGCGUUUUUUAUGCCCUUUAA